AUGGGAGUGAAAGAGGAGGGAAUAGUGGAGAAGAUCAAUGAAGAGCUGCAGGAAGAAGUAGACUGGUCACCAGUGCUAACCCGCUGGAUGGGGAAAGCUCAGAAGGAACAACAUCAUUCCGCCGAAGACGAUGCCCAGAGCGAGGCUUUCUCAGGAUCCACUUUAGUAGACGAGUGGCAAAGUGAAGUCGCGGGCAUGGCAGAUUUCAAUGAAGAACAGCAGGAAGAGGUAGACUGGUCACAAGUGCUAACCUCGAUGGGGGAAGCUGAGAAGGAACAAAAUCAUUCCACCGAAGAUGAUACUCAGAGCCAGUGGCCAUCAGAGAGCAUUUUGAUAGAUUCAUUGGAAAACGAAACUGAACCAUACGAAGCUGCCUCAGUUGCAGAACUAUACGAAGCUGCCUCAGUUGCAGCACCAGGGCCAUACCAAGCAGCGCGGGAGGAAUAUGUGUUCUUGAUCAAGGAUGAGAAAAGGUUAAAAAUUUUGCGCGAUGACAUCGAGAAGCUGUUGCGACCGGAAAUUUUUGAAGAGAGCUUCAGAAACAUGCUGGUGGUGUUUGCAACCCAGCUUCGCGCAGAAGCACGCCACUCAGAAGAGAAAGAUGCAGCGAGAACUGUUCGCAUCAACAGUAUCUACAUCGCAAACUGCAUUACCGAAGGAAUCUUCAAGAUGGUCGAAUUCCAGCGUCUCCCGGGAAGGAGAAAUGUCCUGGAAUCUUACUUGCUCAAGUAUGGCCAAAAGGCCGGUGUUGGCAACGGUGUUCAGAUUUUCGAGAGAGGAGAAGAUGACGAAUUAGAUCAAUUUGAAGAGAAUGAACCCGAGGGCCCAAUCAACUUGCUCAAGAUGGAGGCGUUCAUCAAGUCCAGCAGAGCUUGGUCCAAGCUUUUCGACAACCUUGAAAGCUGGAUAAGAGACACGGAGAAAGCCAAGGGACUGUGGAGAAAGAAGCAGAAAAUCGACAGCAAUAACCAGAACCCGCCAGAACAAGAUGCACAGAGCCAACAAACCAGCUCUGAUGAUACCUCAUCAUUGACUUCUUCGUUUAAACGAACGAGCUUUAUGCAUUGGAGCUCGUAUUCCAUUGGCAGUUCAACAACCAGGAUUGAAAACUCCCCAGAAGUUUGCAGUACAGUGGCUACACUCCAAGUGGCUUUGCUCUGGGCAUGGGCUAUCGUAAGCUAG